AUGGCGGAACCGAACUACAGUCACUUUCGAUACUUCGAAAACAAGUACCCCGAGAUCGAUGAGUUCGUCAUGGUCAACGUCAAGCAGAUUGCCGAGAUGGGUGCCUACGUCAAGCUUCUCGAGUACGACAACAUUGACGGCAUGAUUCUGCUUUCCGAACUUUCGAGACGUCGCAUCAGAAGUAUCCAGAAGCUCAUCCGUGUGGGCCGCAACGAGGUUGUCGUCGUCCUUCGUGUCGACAAGGAGAAGGGUUAUAUCGAUCUUUCCAAGCGUCGUGUGUCGCCAGAGGAUAUCAUCAAGUGCGAGGAGCGGUACAACAAGGGCAAGAUGGUCCACUCCAUCAUGCGCCACGUUGCCGAGAAGACCCUUACCCCGAUCGAGCAGCUCUACGAGACCAUCGCAUGGCCCCUCAACAAGAAGUACGGCCAUGCGAUUGACGCCUUCAAGCUGUCUAUCACGAACGCCGAGGUCUGGAACGACGCCACCUUCCCCAGCGAGGCCGUCUCCGAGGAGUUGAAGUCAUAUAUCGCGAAGCGUCUCACCCCUCAACCUACAAAGGUCCGUGCCGACGUUGAGGUCACCUGCUUCGGAUACGAGGGUAUCGACGCUGUCAAGAACGCCCUGCGCACCGCCGAGGCGCGCAACGACGACCAGACCCAGGUCAAGGUCAGACUCGUGUCCCCCCCUCUGUACGUUCUGACCAGCACGUGUCUGGACAAGAACCUCGGUAUCACCCGCCUCGAGGAGGCCAUUGUCGAGAUCCGCAACAGCAUCGAGGCUGCGGGCGGUUCGUUGGUGGUGAAGAUGGAGCCCAAGGCCGUUACGGAGAGCGACGACGCCGAGCUGCAGGCUCUCAUGGAGAAGAGGGAGCGCGAGAACGCCGAGGUCAGUGGUGACGAGAGUGUCUCUGAGAGCGACGACAACCCGGAGGUUUAG